AUGGCGAUGAAGAGGAGGGUCUUCCUUCCUUCAAAGCAGCUUCUCCCCAGGUUCAUAACAUCCUCGACAGCGUCUUCUUCUUCAUCUUCCUCCUCUCCUCCGGCGGCGGCAGAGCUUCCGCAGACGGGCAGAAGCUGCGCGCCGCCCGUCACCUGCGAGCGGGCCCUCGACUUGCACGACACCGAGAAGCUCUUCGCCUCCACGCCCAGCGGGGCCCUCCUGCGGUCGCUGGCCAACCUGAAAAUCAUGGCGUGGGAGCCGGUGGUCGACCUGGGUAUCGCGGUGGUGAGGUCCAAGGCAGUGGAGCACAGCGCGGCGGCAAGGGCUGUGGUGGUGGCGGCGCUGAAGGCGACAGCGUACCGGCACUUCUGCGCCGGCGAGAACGUGGAGGAGGCUUGCAAAACUCUGCAGGGCCUGUGGGAUGAUGGGUUGCAGGGGAUCCUCGACUACGGCAUGGAGGACGCCGAAGACAACGCCGGCUGCGAUGCCAACCUGGCGGAGUUUCUCAAGACCGUGGAGAUGACCUCCCGCCUCCCCAUUUCCUCGGUGAGGAGAGUCCCCAUUCUUUCUUUCUUUCUUUUGCAGUAAUUGGUCAACCAUGGUCGAAGGAGAAGCAGAAAGUUCUGCUCUUUGCCAUGACGUUGACGGGGACCCAGUUCUUGUCGCACCCAAAGUAGAGAAAUGGAAGCGAUUUCGACAGGAGAAUCUCGAUAAGCCGCAGGAGUCGGUGGCGAGUUCCGUGUGGGCGCACGGCUGCGAGAGUUGGUAGUCUGCUCGUAUUGUCUACGUCGCUCUCUGGUUCUGCGGUGGCGGUGCAACCGGCGACCAUGGAUUCCAGCUUGGGCACGACUCACUGACGCCGUUCUCGAUCCACAGGUCAGCUUCGCCUGCGUCAAGAUCACGGCCAUCUGCCCGGUUUCGCUGCUGGAGCGCGUCAGCGAUCUGCUGCGAUGGGAGCAGAAAGAUCCGGCGGCGGCGGCGCCGUGGCGUCGCCAUCAGUUUCCGGUGCUGUGCGAUGCCAGCCCUCUCUACCACACACCGUCGGUGCCUGCGCCGCUGACCCCGGCGGAGGAGCGUGACCUGGAGCAGGCCCACCGGAGGCUCGCCGAGCUCUGCGGCAGGUGCGCAGAUGUCAAUCUCCCGCUUCUCGUCGACGCCGAGUACACCUCCGUGCAGCCGGCGAUCGACUACCUGGCUUACGACGGCGCCGCUCGAUUCAACCGGGGGCCUACUCCGAUCGUCUACACGACAGUGCAGGCCUACCUGAAGGAUUCCAAGGAGCGGCUGGCGAUGGCGACGGCGGCGGCGGAGAAGGAGGGGAUCACCAUGGGCUUCAAGCUGGUGCGGGGAGCUUACAUGACGAGGGAGGUGAAGCUGGCCACCUCCCUCGGGGUGGCGCCUCCCAUCCACCGGAGCAUCCAGGAGACCCACCGUUGCUACAACACCUGCGCUUUGUUCAUGCUCGAGAAGGCCGCCCACGGCGGCGCCGCCGUCGUGCUCGCUACCCACAACCUCGAGUCCGGUAAAUCCUCCCUCUUCUUCCUACGCCGACGGCGCUCUGGCGGAGUGUCUCACCGGCGGCGGCGGCGGCGGUGGUGAUCGCAGGGAAGGUGGCGGCGGCGAAGGUGGACGAGCUGAGGAUGGGGAGGGGUAACGAGAGGGUGCAGUUCGCGCAGCUGAAGGGGAUGGCGGAGGGGCUCUCCCUGGGGCUGAGGAACGCCGGUUUCAACGUCAGCAAGUACCUUGCCUUCGGCCAAGUCGACAAGGUCAUCCCUUACCUUCUCAGGCGAGCCGAGGAGAACAGAGGCCUCCUCUCCGCCUCCUCCAUGGACAGGGACCUCAUAUGGUAAGGCCCUCCCCCUUCUCUACACCAAGCGUUCUCCCUCCCAGUCCAACCCCGCAUUUUGGCUCUUCGCAGGAAGGAGCUCAAGCGGAGGCUGACCGACGCAGUGCUCAGGAGAUGA